AUGCUGUAUUCUAGCCCUCAUGAUGCUCCGAAUCUGGUUAUGAGAUGUAAAAAUCAUAAGACUAUGAAAUCAAGCGAUAAUUUAGAUGAUUUCAAUAAUUCUGAUCAUGUUUUGUUGUGCAAGUCAGUGGGAGCUCAGUACUUUGGUUCAGUUGAUUCUAAUACACAUUUGAAUGUGACAGUGCCGUUAGGCAAUGUGCAGACAGGUGAUUGUUCUGUGAGAGUAUUAUAUGAAUUUGCUUGCAAGCAUUCUUGCGUCAGUGGCAUGAAUCGACGCAGUGUUGAGUGCGUUUUUACCUUAGAGAAUUUGGAUGGACAAAUACUUGGUCGAAGAAAAAUUGGCAUCAGAGUAUGUAGUUGCCCAAAACGAGAUAUGAACAAAGAGGAAGAACAUGAUAACAAACCAAGUGGAAAACGAAAAAUUAAACAAUGUUCUGAUGAAGAACCUCUGCCAAUUGAAAUUGCCAAAAAGAGUAAGGACUCUGGGCCGUUGGACGCUACAUACUAUGAUCUCCCACCUGUCAUGGGUAAAAAGAAUUAUGCAACGACAGUGCAAUUAAUAUUUGGUAUUUUAAGUGGUGCAAUGGUUCGUUCUUCGCCCGAAGAUCAACUAAAACUGCAGCCUUGUGUUGCGGAAUAUGAAAGACUGGUGAAUGAACUUGAAAAAAAAACAUGAACCAAGAAUGAAUGUUUUGGUUUAAACAUGUUCACCAAUUUAUAUUUCUAUGACCCAGUUAUAUUAGUAUGUAUAGUUGUAUCUCAAUAAUUUUAGUUAUAUUACAUAUAAUAAUUAUAUGUAACUGCAAGCAAAUGAAUUUAAAAAUCAUAGUUUUAAUUUACAGGUUUUGUCAUAGAUAUUUUAUAUUAAUUAAUUUGGA